AGUUUGUUGAGGAGAGUUUCAUAAUCCUCCAGGUUCAUCAUCUCCUUGGUAGUUAACUGCUGGGUGUUGAUUGGUCUGAUAUUAAUCUUAGCCUGGUCUGAUAAUCAUAGCAAGAAGUGACCCUGGAUAUGACAGACUUGCUGAAUGGUGAAGGAGCCACUCCAGCCCCUAAGAGAGCUACCCUGGAUGGAUGUUCAGGUUUUGGUCAGCUGUGCUCGAGGAGGGAUUACUUAGCCGGUGCUAUAGCUCCGUCUGCUCUAGAUCUUCUCACAAGAAAGGAUGACUAUGUGCCCCCAGAGUUCCCAGUUGCUCUGCCAUCAGUUGAGGAUGCUGGUCGGACACCAUUUGGGAAAGAAAUGAAGAAGAAAUUCUUCCACUUGGAUGAUGACUGGGGGACAUUCCUCAACCAUGGUGCUUUUGGUGCUUCCUUAAAACCUGCUCUAGACUUUGCUCAGGCAUUUCAGCGCUAUAUUGACCAACAGCCAUUAAGAUUCUUUGAUCGUGAAAUGAUACCCAUAAUGAUAGAUGCGACGAGAAAAAUAGCAGAAUUCUUGGACAUUGACCCAACUGAUAUUGUUCUGAUAGACAACGUCACAACUGCUGUCAAUACUGUCAUCAAAAACAUCAAUUGGUCUCCGGGGGACAAGAUUUUUCUCCUUAGUACAACCUAUGGUGCUGUUAAAAAGUUGAUUAACUACAUCUGUGAUACAACUGGUGCUGUACUGGAGGAGAUCCAAGUGACAUUCCCAAUCGUUGAUAAAAAGCAGUUGAUUGACUACGUAAGUGCUAACCUUGAGGCUGGGACCAAACUCGCCAUCUUUGAUCACAUUCCAAGUAAUACUCCAUUCAUCAUGCCGCUGCAAGAAAUCAUUGACAUAUGUCAUGAAAGAGGUGUUCCAGUGAUGGUAGAUGGGGCCCACACCAUUCCAAACAUUCCCCUGAACUUGACUCGGCUUAACCCAGAUUACUACAUUGCGAAUUGCCACAAAUGGCUCUGCUGCCCAAAAGGAUGUGCUAUCUUGUAUGUGAAGAAGGAACUGCAGGAUUCAACACGAUCUCUUAUACUUUCACAUGGAACUGGGCAAGGUUUUAACCGGGAGUUCAUUUGGACAGGUUUGAAGGAUUAUACAUCAUUCUUUGCACUUCAUCCUGUGAUUGAUUUUUGGGAGGCUGUUGGAGUGGAGAGGGCUAGGGAAUACAUGCAUGGUCUUGCUAUCAAAGCAGCAAAGCUUCUGACGUCCAAGUGGAACACUGAGAUGUUUGCUCCUGAAGAUAUGAUUGCCUCUAUGGUGUGCGUUGAACUACCCGAAGACCUGUAUCAAAACUGUGGUGCUGUUGAAGCGACAACAUCUCAAGUUGUGCAGGAUCUGUUGUAUUAUCGAUACAAGAUUGAGGUGCCGAUGAAGGCUGUCCAAGGCAUCUUGUACGUGAGGAUUUCUUGUCAUCUCCACAAUGUCCUUGAUGAUUACGAAAAACUUGCAGAUGCUGUUCUUGAUUUGACAGAAAAUAGAACAUUAGAGAAAAUACUCAAAAUUAAAAAAACUAUGGCAGAAGUAAAAAUGUCACAGGCACAACUGCCAAAUAAAUUCCCCAGCAUUUCACCUCGGAAACCAAUCCAUGAAGCUACGCACACCAGACGUACGAAUCGUAGUCAGCGAACGAACAAUUCAGAUGGAGACGACAUGACACCCAGUAUCCACGGUCGCCCCGGUACACCAACCAGUGUGAUGCAACAUGCGCCUGGGGUGGAGUUGCCGAAAUUAAUCCAUCUUAAUCCUUUAAUGGAUACAGACCAACGAAAGCCAUUUGGAAGGGCUGCAACCACCAUGACCGGUGUACCAAAAGGAUAUUUCAAUGAGUGUUUGAGCAUUGUUCCUCCACCAACGCUCUCGCCCUUACCCUCCCAUCGUCAUGAUGGUGGUUUCAAACCGAACCAAAAAACCAGUUCUGCAAAGAUGCAGAACAUGCAAGGAGGAAUGAACAUCCCUCUGGAUGAUGAUAAUCAAGUUGAUUAUGAUCUGCCAUACCAAGGCUCCUAUUUCAAGUCCUCUACAGUCAUGCGUAUGUACACAAUCCCUCGACGGCACCCGGAGAUGUUCGGUAGUCGAGACAGUUUAUACUAUCAUAAAAAGAAAGGUGUAAUCCUUCAUACAGACCGAUAUCGAUGGGAAGAAAAAAACAGGGUAGAAAAACCAGUUGAUGAAAAGUCACAGCGGGAUCGACUGGAAGCUGAAAUGGAACAUAUAGAAAAGGUGAAGGGGAUGAAGCGGCGACUGGACUCUGCCUUACCUCAUCGCAUGCAGCAUGAUUUACUGAUGGGCGGGAAGAAAAUGGAAUUCACAGAAAGGGUUGACAUAAGUGGUGAACUUUCUCGGUUACGUGCUAUGGUGCUCCCAACAGAUGCUAAAGAUCUCUAUUUAGGAAGAGGUAUUGGAACUAGAUUGCCAAAAUUUCACCAAAUUAAUAAACCACGAGGGCCUCCUGUUCCAGAGCCACCCGCUUCCCUCUCUGCACCUGCUAUAUUGGACCGAGGUAAUAAGUUGUCGCUUCACAGUUCGCGCCAACCCCUCCCUAAUCUACCAUCAGAGCAAAGCUUAGAUAGGAUGUUUAAACGUGAGUGUACAUGUAUACCUCUGCCGACAAUACCAGCACAGGCUAGAGUUAGAAAGCGUCAACGAAGAUCAGUCGACGAUAGCAACAUAAAAUAUGGAGAAACUCAAAGAAAACCACCCGUGCCAAAGUUAAGCGACAUAUCUACUGACAUAGAGUUACUAGGCAGUCCAACAGGUGUUCCUAAGCCUAAUCCCACCUUAACUGUGAACAAUAUCAAGUUUGUGUCGCCAGCUCGGAUGGAGGAGGCUGGAAGCGAAGUCAAACCCUCCUGGGGAAAAGAAGAUGUGGAUAAGACGCCCAUUCCUGGCCCGCCCCCUACGAGUGACUGUUCAAGUAUGGAUACAAUUGAUCAGUUUUUAAAUCCAUGGGAAGAUGAUGCAGAAUCUGACAUGGAGAUAGAUCUGCCUGCGGAGGGAGGUGGGGCUACCCCUCGACCACCGGACAAGGGGGCCGUCACACCCCGUGCAGAAGUCUCAUCCAGUCCCAUGAAGGCAGUGACGCCUAAUCCACUUAAGUUUGUUGACGCUGGCAUAGCUGAGGAAGAGAGGGAUGUGUUGAGGGAAACGUUUAAACGACUUGAUACAGAUGCGGACGGUCAUAUCCUGUACCAACAAAUAAAAACGCAGUUACCAGGUACAAUGACAUCUGCUCAGGAAAAAUAUAUAAAACAGGUGUAUGACAUUACAAGUGCCAGUACAUACUUCGGAGUGGAAGAGUUCUACACGAUGACAGCUCUCAUCAAUAAGUUCAAAGGACUAAGCGGUCCUGUGCUUGAGGCAUUUGAAAAGGUUGAUAUGACAAGAAUAAAGGAGCGGAUUGUACAGUAUGUCGAAUUGUUCCAGACUGUAGAUCGGUCGGGCAAGGGUGGCAUAUCAAUGGAGUCAGUGGAAGAGAUCAUUUGUCAAGCUAUGGAAAAGGAUAAGGAGAAUGAUAAGAACUUCUUAAAGCAAAUAUUUGAGGUUUUGAAGCCAGAUGAAGAGGAUAAUGUGAAUAAACUCGAGUUCAUCCUUCAUAUACCAUAUUUCCGUUCCCUGGAGAAGCCAGACACGGGGAGCACAAGGAAAUCAACUUGAAAAUCACAAUACAAUCUUUUCACAACGUGGCGAUAUGAUAUCGCGCAAAAUUAGAUGAUCUAAGACGCUUUAAAUGGUUAGUGCAAUUAUGGAUGAAGGCUGUCUGAGUGCUGUUCUCUGCAUCCAAGUUAGACAAAGAGGCAUUUAUAAGACUAGGGCAUGCCAAAUGGACAGUCACAGUGUGGACAAAUAAAUGUAGAGGUUGAUAUCUAAUGAUUAUUUUCAGUUGAUAACCAUAUUUUAUGUGUGUUCAGCAGUCUUAGUAAAGUUUGUUAGUCUUGUUUUUUAAAGUGCACUUAGCAAGUAGUACCAGUGCAGACUUGCUUAUUUCGUAUCGUUUAUUGUAAGAAGCUGCUAUUCGGGGGAGGCUGCUAGUUCAAGUGUCGUGCACACUCAUUUGAGAGGUUGUUCAUCUCGAAAAAAGGUAAUGCCCAUGAGAUGUUUGGUCUUCUCUGUUUCUUGCGAUAUGACCAUAAACCCAUUAAGUGAUCAACCCUUAGAAAAAUGUUUGUAUUUCCUCACCUUUGUUAAUCAUCAAAACUGACAGCAAUUCACUAUGGUGAAUUAGGACUGUAAAAUAUUUCACCAUAGUCAAGAUGAUAUUUACCAUGGUAAGUACUCAAUUCACCAUUAUGAAAUCCCCUUCACCAUGGUAAAUUCAGAAUUUACCAUGGUGAAUAUGAUGGGUUUUUUCGUAUGGAAAGUUCAUUAUGUAAUCUGUGAUAUUUUACACUUCAGUGUUAGAAAAUUGCCAAAUUGUAUUGUGUAAAUUAGCCAUUUACACUAUUGUUCUUUUUCUCGUAUUGCCUUACUCAAGCUCAUGGAAGCUAUGUCACUAAAUAUGAUUGUAAAUAGUGCACUUUGCGUGUAUUGAAAUAAAAUAAUUUGUGAUU